AUGACCUUUGCUAAAGAGAUUCACACCUUCCACUCCGGCCAGCCCCAGCCGAAAAGCUCCUCCGCAUCUCAAACCUUCCAGUCUCUCGACCCCAGCACCGCCGAACCGCUCGCCACCAUCUACACCUCGACCCGGCAGCAGCUUGACGAUGCCGUCGCCUCCGCGCAGGCCGCCUUCCCCGCGUGGUCGCAGACGCCCGCGCCGAAGCGCGCCGAGAUCCUCCUCCGCGCCGCCGCGAUCCUCCGCGCGCGCAACGAUGCCCUCGCGCUGACCGAAACGUUCGACACGGGCAAGGCCUGGUCCGAGACGUCGACCGUCGACGUCGCCACCGGCGCCGACGUCCUCGAGUACUACGCGCACAUGGUCGCCGGCGGCCAGCCGGGCCAGCACACCCGCCUCCGCUCCGACGCCUACGUGCUCACCACCCACGAGCCGCUCGGCGUCUGCGCCGGCAUCGGCGCCUGGAACUACCCGAUCCAGAUCGCCCUGUGGAAGUCGGCGCCGUGCCUCGCCGCCGGCAACUGCAUGGUCUACAAGCCCAGCGAGGUCACCCCGCUGCACGCCAACACCCUCGCCCAGAUCUACCUCGAGGCCGGCGUGCCCGCGGGCGUCUUCAACGUCGUCUACGGCGACGGCGGGAGCGUCGGUGCGCCCCUCGUCUCCCACCCGGGCAUCGCCAAGGUCUCCUUCACUGGCCAGGUCAGCACCGGCAGCAAGGUCGCCGCCGCCGCCGCCGCCGACAUGAAGGGCAUCACCAUGGAGCUCGGUGGCAAGAGCCCCGUCGUCAUCCUGCCCGACGCCGACGUGAACGAGGCGGCCGACGUUGCCAUGGCGGCCAACUUCUUCUCCACCGGCCAGGUCUGCACCAACGGCACGCGCGUGCUCGUCCCGGACGCGAUGCUACCGGCCCUCGAGCAGGCUCUGGUGGCGCGCUGCCGCGAUGGCAUCCGCAUGGGCAUGCCGCGCGACGAGGCGACCAACUUUGGCCCCGUCGUCUCCGCCGCGCACCGCGACAAGGUGCUCGGCUACAUCCGCCACGGCAAGGAGGUGGACCGCGCGCGCGUCCUCUACGACGGCGCCGCCGCCGCGCAGAGCAAGCGGCCGACCGCCAACGGCUACUGGGUGCCGCCGGUCAUCUUCACCGACUGCACCGACGACAUGCGGGUGGCGCGCGAGGAGAUCUUCGGCCCGGUCAUGUGCCUCCUGCCGUACAAGGUGCGCGGCCGGGCGCAGGACGAGUGGCUCGCCGACGUGGUGCGCCGGGCCAACGACACGCCGAUGGGCCUCGCGGCGGGCGUGGUGUCGUCCGACGUCGGCCUCGCGCAGGACGUGGUCCGCCAGCUGCACGCGGGCAUCACCUGGAUCAACACCUGGGGCGAGUCGCCCGCGGAGAUGCCCGUCGGUGGCUGGAAGAUGAGCGGCUUGGGAUUGGAGAACGGCGAGGAGGGCAUCCGCGCCUACAUGCGCACCAAGAGCACCCUGAUUCAGCUGGGCAAGGGCGCCUGCGCCGGCUUGUUUGCGAAGCUCUGA